GUCAAUUGUAGGAUGUCAAUCAUUAUGCCAAAAUCAGCCCAGAAACUGUCAUUUGUGUCGGUGAGAUUUAUUACUUUUGUUGUGUGGAUAGUGUUCUGAACUUAUUUAUUUUUUUUGUGGAAUGAGAAAUGAUAUGUUAUUAACACCAACUGUUUUUAAGUUAUUAUAUAUUGCAAAACAAUCAAAAUGGUUUCUAUAAUAAAGAACCAAUUGUUAAAACAUUUAUCCAGAUUUACAAAGAAUCUGUCAGCAGAUAAAAUUAAUCUCAGUACAUUUAAGGGGGAAGGUGAACUUUCCAAUUUAGAGUUGAAUGAAGUAGUUUUAAUGGAUUUAUUGGAAUUGCCAUCAUGGCUAAGUUUGAAGCAGGCGUGGUGCAACAAAGUUACUUUCCGAAUACCUUGGACAAAGCUAAAGAGUGUGCCAAUAUGUCUAAAUUUGGAGGAAGUGCAAAUAGUCGUAGAGACAUGUGAAGAACUUCGAAUUCCUUCAAUGCAUUUGGGAAAUACAAAUGCGGGCGUUCCGGGAAAGUACAGCUUUAUUCAUAAAGUUAUUGAUGGAAUAACUGUAAAUGUUAAUACAGUUAAUAUUUUAUUUUACAGUCCAGCCUUUUCUGCAUCCGUUCAGAUUACAAGAAUAGUAGUAGACUCAAAAAACCAUAAAUUUCAACCAUCAGACCUUAGAAUGACACGUUUGAAAAAUCAAGCCAAGGGACAGAUAUUAAUAUUUAAAGAACUGAAGUGGGAUACUGUUAGGAUUGAAGCUAAAUCUACUAAAGAUAAGAAUUUAACUCCUUUAAGACUAAUCAUUAAUGAAGCUAGAUGUAGGAUUGUAAUAAAAAAAAGAUUGUCUGAUUCAUUUAUUUUGGGUUCAAGACUGGCAAUCAUCCUGAAUGACUUAAUGUGGUUUUUCACUGAUUCACAAUUGAAAGCAGGACUAUAUUUUCUCGACUCUUUGACUGAUUUAAUUCAGAAAUCGACACAGAUUACCAGAAGGACAAAAGCUGCUCGAAAAUUAGAGGAACUACCAGAAUAUCAAGCUCAGUUACUACAAGAGGGUUUAUCUGAUGUUCAGGAUAAGAGCAAACUUUUUGCUGCUCAUGAUGUUAUCGAAACUUCUUAUCACUUGAUAUCACAUCAAAUAAUGUUACAUCUAAGCGACGAUCCAGGAGCUGGUCGCUCGUCCUAUCCAAAUUUGAAAAAUGGAGAUGCUCUGCAUAUUAGUUUGAACAAAUUUCAUAUAGAUUACUAUCCUUAUCAUCUUGCAAAAGGUAAUAGAAAACAUUGGCUAAAAUACAAUUCGAAUUUUGUGCCACAUGCUUUAUGGCAGGAACAGGCUUUGAACUCCUUUAAAACGAGGCUAUUGAAUCUUGUAGAUCAACAUAGACCACUACACACUCCACUGAAUAGACCCAUGAAGAAUCCAGAUAGUACUCCACAAAGUCCAGAGUCAAAACCUCAAGCAAAUAAUGAACAAAAAAAUAGUAAGAAAACGGUAGAAUUGAAAAUAGCAAAGCUAAUGACAAGUUGUAUUGUUUUACGAAUUGAAGAUUUUACUAUCUACAAAGUAACGUCUUCACAGAAGAAAGGUCUCAAAGAAUUUAUUUUUGGAGACAGAAGUCAGUUAUCGCUUCCAGUAGAUUCGAACAUUGUCCAUGCCGAAUUUACGCAUUACUAUUAUCCUAGCGAUGUACCCUUUCCUCUUCCUCCUCCCAAAUUCUAUGUUCAGUUGAAUCCUAUUUCUGUAAUGUUUGAUAUCGAUACAUGCCUGUGGAUAAAUUCUUUCGGAUUAAAUCUCUUCCAGUCUCUUUCGAAUGCGAAAAAUGAAGAAACAAUUUCAUCAUAUAGUUACAUGGAUAUAAAAAUUGAAGCUAUUCUUCCUAGGAUAAAUUUUGAAAGUGCUGCUGACCAUCCUAAUCAAAAAGAUAGACCGAAAUGCUUGAGUUUUCAAGUGACGAGAGCAACCAUUACUAAUAUAAGAAGUUUGGAACAAUCUUCCAGAGCAGAUCUAGCCAAGUGCGUAGAUUCGUUUCAUAUGGGUUCUCUAUUCUUUGGUUCGGAAUUUCCUUCAAAACCGAAUGAUUUUUAUGUAGUUACUCAAAAAUUUAUUGAUCACAUAUCAACAGUGGAUAACAUUAGAAAUGUGCCGUCUCAAAUUGAUUCAUCUGUCACAGAGGAUUGGAUGAGCCUUUUUAGUAGAGAAAUGUUGUGGACAGAUGCCAAAGAUGUAUGGUGUAUAAGUCUCGAUCCUGUGUGGGGCGAUUUCAAUGGGGCUAGAGCUAUUGGAAUUUCAAAAUCUGUGCCAUUCUUAGAUGCUUUACCAGUUACUAUUUGGUUACAUACUCAUAUGGAUCCCAAUUCAACUGUUAAACCUUCUGAUAAUACUGGAGAAUUCACUCAGAUUGAUGCUGAUAUUCAUGCACUAGUGUAUAUUACUAAUUUAGUUAGCAUCCAAAUUAACCAUUAUCAAUAUUUGUUUUUAUUGAGAUUGGCAGAAGAUGCUGCAUUAUUAGCUACAUUUUUGGCUCUAGACUCUGAAAGGAUAUUGAAGGUUGAAAGCAAUAGUACUAUUGCAAUGGGUGUCCUUAUACCACAAUUAGAAAUUACUUUUGUAAUGCCGUCAAAUUCUCCUGGAAAGGAAUCCUCUGGAGGUGAUAUAGAAUCUGUAGUUCCAGACACAUCAAGUAUAGCUGAUGACAUGUACAUAGGAUCAACACCAUCUGUCUGGAAAAAUAGUACUUCAUCUAUAACUCAAAUUGGUGGAAAUAAGAGACCAAUUGCAAAUGGCUCUUCUUCGUGUCAAAUGGAUUUACCCACUAGUAAUUCUUCAGAUUAUUUGCAAACGGCAACUGGAAAACUUAGCCAACAAGAACAGACUAUGUUACUCCAGCAAAAAGGAAAUUUAAAUUUACAAACAAACAUAAAUAUGGGAUUCACGUCGAUGAAGAAAGGAUUCACAAGCCUGAUGUCAUCUAUCGAUAGUGCUUUAAAACCUAGUCCAGAUGAUCUCAGUGAUACCAUGUCAAUAAGAAGUGAUGUUUCAAGUGAUUCUGAAAAAUUCGUACAUAUUAAUUGUGAUUUAGAUAUAGCUGGUGCAGAAAUAAUUUUUGUAGUUUUCGAAUUUUCUGAGAGGAUAGAAGAAGCUUCUGAAGUUUUAGAAGAGGAUAAUACUUUGACGACAACAAGUGAACAUUCUGUGACUAGUACUAGUCGUAGAAAAGACUUGGUUUCAGUAUCAACGUUUAAGCUGAAUAAAAUAGAAUUUGUUUACCAGUCAUUAGGAUUUCAAUCUUCCAUUAAAAUACAACUUAGUAAUUUAUUGUGUGAUGACUGCUCUUGUAUAUCUUGGGAUGAAUUACAGAGCAAAUUUGGCACAAGAUCUCGUGUGUGGACUUGUAAUCCUCCAAGUGACUUUAGUACCCCCAAAAUAAAAUUACGUUUUGAUCAUGAUUUGGUAGUUAUUAAGUCUGAUAUGUUGGGUAUGGAUUUGACAAAUAGAGAUACGUUUGCAAAAUUAUUCACAGAUUUGAUUACUAUAAAUGUUACUGAUUUGAUAUUAAAUCUUAAUAUGAGUACCGUUACAGGCUUAGCAGAUCUUAUAGAGGAUGAGAUUAUACCUAUUCCCUUCCCAAUAGAGAUUACAUUAGAUAAUGUAAAAAUACAUUUAAAUGAAGACAGACCUCCAGUUAAUAUUACGUCCCCAGGGCCAAUUCCAAUAGACUUAAAUAUUACUAAUAUGUUCAUAACGCGAACAGAAGAUGGUGUAUUCAAUUUGUUCCCUUCGAUCAAGGCUGUAUCUUCUAAUAAUGAUGAAUCCGUGAAGAAAGAUUUAGUUAAAGUAGAUAGCAUAACAUUAAAUAAUGAAGAUAUGAGAAGACUGAUGACAUUUGAAAGGAUAUCUGAAGAGAACCGUCUCCUUCGUAAAUCAAAAGAAGAAAGUGAUAAAGAAAAAGAUGUACUGCGAGAAUAUUUGAAGAAAUGCCAAGAUGAAGUGACUCGACUGUUGAAUGAAAAGCAAAAUUUAUUAGAUGAUAUUAGACGAAUGCAGCAUCAAUGGACUAGUUCUAAGAGAUAGCAAUGUUGUUUUAAUUGUACAAAGUGUUUUUGCAAAGAUAAUUCUUCUGCGCAGUAGUUGUGUAUAACAAGGUGCUCAUGUGACUGGAUUAGUCAAAAUUGAUGUCAGUAUAUGUGAAGUAUAGAGGUGUUAUUAGAAUAUUAAAACAAGAAUACACUAAUUUUAUAUUAAAGAAACUUGAGAUAAAAGGUAUUUGAUAAAUAUAAGAUUGGUGUGUUAGCCUAAGUCUAUUUAAUUCCAGGUUUUAAGGAAUGGAAUCGAAUUCAUAAAUGUUUCACUUUUCUGAAUGCGCGAUUUCCUCGUUUUUCCUCUAUUGUUUGUUCUUAUAACUUGGUGUGUGAUAUAUUUCCGCGAGUCGGGAAAGCAAUAUAUAGUUUUAAAUAAAAUUUUAGAAAUACUUAAGUUAAUAGUAUGGAACCACAAGUAGGUAUUUACUCGAGCGCUUCAGAUUGUUUUGAGAUGAAUAAUUUACAUAUAUAGCUUUUGCAAAUGAUCUGAAUUAAUUCAAAUUGAGCUCACUUCAAUAUGGUGGGUCAAAUGACCAACUGAAACAUUAAUUCAGCUCAUUUUACUUUAAACCAAAAUUCCACCGUGUUCUUACAAAUAAGGUAAUAAAUAAUUUUUUUGCGCCAAAUAUUGAUUGUAAUUAUGAAUUUGUAUAAAAAUAUAGUAGAGCAUCUAGUAUGCAGACUAAUUAAUGCAUUUCAUUGACCGGAUAAUUGAAAAUCCGGAUAACUGAUUUGCACUCGAUUUUAGUCUUAUUCGCACUAUAAUAUGAAAAUGUAAUAAACUGUAACUCAACUCAUUUAUCAAUAUGUACACCGUAAACAAAGAAUUUUUAAACAAAAAAAAAACAGCAAAUAGUAUUUAAAAACACCUUUAAUUAUGAAAAUUACAGCACUUCAUGUUUAAGGAUGCUGACAAAAGAAAUUAGAUAUUUUUUUGCUUAAGGUACUAAUACAAACAUAUUUUUUGCUGCUAAAUCUCUUCAUCUUCUUAAGGACAAAAUCUGAACGGUGUUACACUCAGCUUGAUGCUCUAGCCUCUUCACAGCUUUUUCUAAGAAGGUAGAUACCUCAUCGUUGGUUGAAACAUCGUUUCCUACUUCAGUGUCUUCUCUAACCUCCUCUUCCUCUCCUACUUGCUGAUUAUCGUUCUUUAUCUGCUGCACAAUGUCUUCAUCAGAAAAAAUCAGAUAAGCAAGAUCAUCGACGUCUUAAUUUAACAAAUCGUUUAUAUUGGUAUUGCCACACUCCUCAAAACCUGGUGCUUAUUUGAUGAUUUCUCUUAUUUUAUUUGGAUUAUCACUUGUGGUUCUUCAGGGUCAUCUGGAUCAGUAUCACCAUUUUCUUGCGAAAUUCGUAUUUCAGGACACAGCUUAUUCCAUGCUUUUUCAAGUGUGGUGUCUUUUAUGAAGGUCCACCAUGCAGACAGAGUAUUUCAAAUUCAAUUUCUUGUAACUGUAUAGCACAGAUUUUUCACCAUUCUCUAUAUCUAGAAGCAGCAUUUGAAGUAAUUGCUUUCUGUACAAACGUUUAAAUGUUUCUAUCGCACCCUGGACCAUUGGUUGUAGGACUGACAUUUGGCGGAAGAAACAACUCAUUGAACUUGCCAUUAUGUGAGAUCGAAAUAACAUCUGAUGAGUGAGUUGGUGCAUUAUCUAUGAAUAAGAGCACUUUACCGGUUGAAUCUGUUUUUUUUUUGUUGGUGUUUUUUGACAUGUGGGAUAAAAACGUUCUCAUACCAGUGACCAAAAUCUUUGUUUCCAUAAAGGAUUUUGUUUAAUUUUUGUAUACAACAGGGAACUUUGCUUUCCAAAUAAUAAGCACCAGGAGCCUGUGAUCGCCAGUAGAGUUAGCGCAAACCAUGUUUGUAAUGCAGACUUCGCUGGCUUUGUAUCCAGGCACUGCAGUUUCCUUUUUGGAAACAAAUAUCUUGGUUGGCAGCUUUUUCCAAUUGACACCUGUUUUAUCCGCAUUUUAAAUGUUCUUGGGUUCAAAACCACUAGCUUUGCAAAAUUCAUUAAAUGUCUUAAAAUUUUCGGCACAUACUACAUCAGCUGACAGUCUCUCACCUUGUAUGUCUAGCUCCCUUAUCCUAUAUUUAAAGCGUAGAAGCCAGCCAGUUGUAGCUUUGGAAUUAAGAUCACCAUUAAUCAUUUGGUUUAUUUACAGUGCUUUCUCACAAAUUAUCAGUUCGUUAAUUGGUUGUCCCUAACUUUUAAUUUACAUAAACUACAUUGCCAAGUCCAAAUCCUGAUUGUCUGCUGAUUCCAUUGAUUUUCUUUUUGUACUCCCAUCUUUACUGUCUAGUUUGGAAGCAUAGUAUUUGAUCGUUUGACGCUGCUUUUUAAUGUAGCAAAUCGUAGAAGUGCCUACAUUUAAAAUCUGCACUAAAUUAGCUCAACUUACACCAUGAUCUAGCUCUUACAAUAUUUUAAUUUUCUCUUCAAUUAACAAAGCUACACGUUUACAUUUAGUCGACAUCACUUAAAACAACAACUUAAUUUAUCUGCAAAUACUUUACAAUACAUAAACACAAAAACACAAUCACAACACAAGAUUGUCAACUGACAAAAUGGACGUCCGGAUGACCGGUCACGGGAUGACCGGUAUUUGGAUGAUUGAUGCUCUACUGUACCAGGAUAUUUGCUUGUUGUAGUGAAGGAGAUACCUUAGAUCACUUUUAUUAAACAACGGCCACUUUUUUCAAGUUCUAUUUAAGAAAUCUCAAUAGAUAUUAAAUCUACAUUGUCUUAAAAAUUACAUGGGAAUUAUUGAGCACUACGAUGAGGAAAAAUUCGUGAACACUUAAGAAUGGGGAGAUUGACAAGUGAAUAUGUUAUUAGCAAAUUACUUUAAAGAAGGCUGUUUACUUGAUCAUAUGGUAUUUGGCAAAUACUGAAAACUAAUUGCUGAUCGAUUUGAUAUAACUAAAAGUUUUGCUCAUCGCGUGAUUUCUAAAAUAGGAACAUCAAGUUCCGAGUAUAUUGUUUGACCUAAUUAUGAGCCGAAGUAAAUUAUAAAACAAGAUUUUAUAGAUUACUGGUGGUUAUCAGGUAAAUUUUUGUGGGACUUACAUAUUUUGAAACAUUGUGUUUAUAAACAUAGGAAGCUCGAAAAUCUGAUACAUCUUGUAGCAACUUAGCAGUGAUAGACACAACCUACUUUUCUACUGAGUUCGAAGUCAUCCAGUAUAUUCUCAGACGCUUGGGUAAUUCCCAAUGUAGACUCGUUGGUUUUCCUAUUUUUAAUUGAUAAUUUAUAUUAUAGUAGAAAUAAUUAGGUUAUUUAAUUUAUGAGCAAUUAAAGCUUUGGUACAAUCUGAUAUGCAACCUCACUAAUGGCAUCAUUUUUGAUUAAAAAUACAUUGUGUAUAUAAGCUAUUUGAUGAUAUUUUUUUUACAAAUGUAGCAUCGAUUCUAUAAAAGUUUAUUGGUAUUUAUAAAUGUUGGCGUUUGUUUUACAGUUCAUUGUAAAGAUGUAUGGUACGUGUACUUAUACAACUCUUGUCAUCUGUUAUUCGACAAUUUACUGUUAUAAAACAUAUUUCACAGAACCAAAGUAUAUUUAAAAUUUGCGAAGAUAAUAAUGUAAAUAUUCGUCAUAGAGUUAAUAUUGAAGAUAAAGAGAGCGAGGUAUGGGAUCUUAUUCAAGUGGGCCUAAACUGACAAGUAAUGGUAAAGGAGAAGAAUAACAAGUUUCGUUUUUAUUAGUAAACAUCUUCCUCUAGGGGUACAUUAAGGAUAUUAUCUAUGUACUCACAUUACCAAAAACUUUAAAAGCCCUACAUCAACAGUACAUCCACAAUGAUGUGGAAUUAAUUGAACUACAUACAAAAAAUUUGUAAAGUGAGCAUAGAACUUCAAUAUCUUCUUUAUUAUUUAUAUGAUACUUCUGAAUUAAUAAUGUUUUGAAUAUGAAAUACUUUUUGUGGUAACCCGGUAUAAACAUAAUAAAUGAAUGGAUUAUGGUGAUUAUAAGAUUCUUAUAAUUUUAUAUGUUUUAUAUCUUCUCAUUUUCGAUUAAUCAAGACAUCAGAGGAGCAUCUCAAUUCUUCGUGUCGAGAGGAAGUAUUUUUUUAUACUAUAUUUCUCCAGUAUAAAUGAGUUACGAUUUUUAGGUAUUCUGUAGCAAAAAUUCACAGUACCAUUAUCCCAGGCAGCAUCUGAAUAACUACGUGUCUUGUCAAACAUUAGUUGAAGCGUACAUGUUUUUUUUAUCAAAAAUCGGAAGCUAAUAAUUGUGUUCAAACAGCAUAUUGGUGCUUGAUAAAAUAUGGAAAAUAAACCGGCAGUGCUUUUUUAUGAAUCAAAAGUUACAUCUUUCAUUAUUGUACAUAUUCAUGGGUUGUAAUAUAGAGAUAUUUUCAAUUCAGUUUUAAGAAAAAUGGUAAAGUCGGUACCUUUGAUAUAUCAUUAAAUUUGAGGAAAUUUCAUUACAUUUAUUUUGCGUUUUCUGAGAUUUGGAUUAUUUUCUAGGUGUCUACCACUUCCAAACAUAUUGUUCUCUUCAAUAUGUGUCAUGGCAAAUAAAUAAACAUGAAAAAGUAGAUAUAAUGUUUAGCUAAGUCUUAACUAAAAUGGGGCAAGAAGACUUUUUUCAAUGUCCACAAAUAUUUUGAAAUAAAAUUGACGCUUUUUUUGCUUAAAUUUAUGAAAUAGAGGGAAAAUUGUCACUGAAAAAUUGCUUAGUAUAAGCUUAGAUCCAUUUAUAGCGAAUUGUUGAAUUCCAAUAAAAAUUUCUAAAAAUUCUGAAUCUAAUAAAACUAUUAUCGCUAGUCGUUCUAGAAUUGAUUUAUUUAUUGAAAAAAAAAAUUCGUACAAUUAUGAUUGUUUUAACUAUAGGUUACUACCCCCGCCAGAAGGUAUGGCUCUCCUUAACACUCAAAUGAAUCCCAAAUAGAAAUAUUAAAUACAAGUAAUAGGUAAGAUGAAAACCAAAAAUAAAAUAAAUGGAAAGAUUUAAAUUUUAUACAAUAUUUAGAUAAAAUGAUUUUGCGAAAGUAUGAAAGGAAAAUUUUUUGAGGUUGAGUUUUCCGUAUUCUUUUGUUACAAAUAUAGUUUAAUUGAACGUAAUUUGUGUCAUUUUCUUAUGUAUUAUUAUUUGCUAUUAUUUUCUAUAUUAUUUGCCUAUCUUUCGUUCAAUUAAUGAAAUCAUCUUUAAAAACCUGCAGACACCUAUUGCUCUGACAUAAUAAUUAUCUAUUUAAAACUAGGUAACAUUGCACGAAUGUAAGCCAGACAGAGAUACAACAUCUUAUUAUUACUAACACAUAUCAACAAUAUAUUUCAAAAUAAUUUAAAGGUUUGCCAACCAUUACUCAACAAUUGUUUGGCUGAGUUUUUUGAGACUAUCCUAUGAUCAGUAUUGAAAGGCAGUUCUAGUAGACCUAUUUACAAUUGAGAAAAAAAUAAUAAAAAGCGUUGAUUAAUCAUCAAAAUGGUUAUUGCUAUGACUAUCAAAAUCAGCACUUAAAUAAAUUUUACAGUAGGUUUACACAACAUGUCAAAGACUCCUGCAAGUCUCUUGAAAAAAAUAUUUGCGUCUACUGAAGGUGAUCGAAAACAAUAUAUUUUUUGUAUCGGUCUGAAAUACGUAAGAAAAGAGACAAAUGCUCUGUUCUAUAGUGAAGCUGUUAAAAUUUGGUAUGCAUUCGGAUAUAGAGUUUAAAUAUAAUCAUUUUGAUGUAACUUAAAAAUGAAGAAAAUUUAAAAUUUAUCGUGCUAUUAUGCGGCUUUAUUUUUUUCCGAAAAAGAAAGACAAAACUCUCAAAUCACUGGAUAGUAGCAAUUUAAGGAACAACUAUUUGUAAAAACAUUCUAACAAAUAGUGAUAUUUCGGAGACUUACUAUACCAGUGCCUCUGGUGGCAAUAUAGUAGCCCUCAUUAGUUGACCGGUUUUGUUUUUGUUGGAUCUCUUCAGAACGGUUUAACACUAAAUACCCUCUGGCGUCAUCCUCACUUCUGAUUGCCAGGUAUUUCAAACCGUAGUCUGCCAUAGUUUGAAAUAAAAUAUAGUAGGUAUACGAGUUAAGUCGAAAAUAUUUGUAUAGAAUUUAUACUUUCACGUCUAAUUUUAUUUCGAAUAUCUCAUAAUUAAAAAAAAAGGGUUUUCAUCAGUGAAUGUUUCAUAUGUUCUCACCAUAUCCUUAACGCCUGAAUUCAUAACAUUAGCUGCCUUUGUAGGUUUUGCUUAGUGUCAACAAACGUAUCUAUUAACACAAAUUUUUAUUAACGUAUCAAAUAUUACAUUUACAUAAGCUGAUAUCCAAUUGCUAUAGCAAUCGAAUUUGUUUAAAUGAAAUUGAACAGUCAUAGAAUAAGACAAGUCAUUCUAUAAAUAUAGUUUUUCUUUCUUCACAUGCUUCUACACUAUAUAGUUUUCUGUUUAUGCUCUUCAAUUUUUGUUUCUAUUUAUCACUGUAUAUCUUAACAAUUAUAUAUAAUCAGUUGUACAGUCCAAUAGGAAUAGUAAUCGCUCGAUAUAGACUCUCAUUUUGUUCAGGUCAUUUGUUACUUGACUCUCAUUAACUUUUGGUUGGCUUCUGGGUCAGUUGUCCAAUGGGUUCCAAUUCUUUUACUUCACGAUUAUUUUUUUGUGUCCUAAUCAUCGUAUUCGCUGCGAUUUCAUAAAUCUGGUGAUUCUCUUCCCUUAUUUUACCCUCCAUUAACGUAUCGUCUCGGAUUACCUAAUUUUUGUCUGAUAUCAAUGUGACUAUGAAGAAUCAUAAAUUUACCUACCUAACUUCAAGUUAUUAUAUUCGUUAAGAUUUAUUGUAUACUGACCACUCCUAAUGGGAACCAACGUCAAAGUCAAGUGAUUCCAAGUGUCCCUUAAACACUAGAAGUUCCAUUAACGUAUCAAAUUACUUACUUUUAUUUUAUAUUGAUAUGACUGUAACGACCAUAAAUAUAAUAAUUUAAAGCUUUUGUGUAGAAUAGGAUUUUGGUAUUUAAAGCAAUUUGUAAACAGAUACGAGGUUCUUAAUAGUUCGACAUUGUCGAGUACGGUAGUCGGAUUAUUGAAAGCAAGUUUAAUUAAUAAUUUUUUUGCAUAAUAAAUAGUUUUUUACAAAGUAGUUUUGAUGUUUAAAUACAAAGAAUUUUCCAAGUGUUUCCAUUCUGUUAAUUUUUGUACUUCACUAUUAUUUUUCAUUAGUUUUGUGUUUCCUAGUCAUCGUAUUUGCUGCUAUUUCAUAAAUCUGGUGAUUCUCUUGGAGAUUUUUUUUUAAUUUGAGCGCUCAUAAUUGUCCGUUUCAUUACUUUUUUGACUCAUAUAUUCUUCUUAUCAUUUUCCUUUCGAAGUACAGCUCUUGAUAUAAACAUUUAACGCCAACACUUUACAGUAUGGCUUUUGUUAUUUUACUUCGUCGUGCACAUUUGAGAGAAAGGAAUUUUUAUUACUAAUUAUCAAUAAAUACAUCAUUACAUAUGAACUACUUACGCCAAAAUUUAUAUAUUAGGUCAAUAAUUUAUGAAAAAAAUGACCAUCUUUUGUUUUAUACAUCUUUUAUUUUAAUUAUGGUUUUGAAAUAUAUGAAUUCAUUGUAAAUUAUAUCUACUAAGCUUAAUGAGAUUGAAAUGACAUACAUAUUGUUGAUAUCUAAACAUAA